AAGCAUAAUCACAAGAUGGCUCACGAAAACGUUUGGUUCUCCCACCCAAGAAACUACGGUAAGGGCUCCCGCCAGUGCCGCGUGUGCGCUUCGCACUCUGGUUUGAUCAGAAAGUACGGCUUGAACAUCUGCCGUCAGUGCUUCAGAGAGAAGGCCAACGACAUUGGUUUCCACAAGUACCGUUAA